AUGCCUUCUUCACUCAAGGUUCCGGAAUCCGGCCUCAUUCUUGAGAGCUCGGCCGCCUCGGGAAACCCUGUACCACCACAGGCUUUCUGCAUCAAUCUUUCUGACCAUGUACUCGAGGACAUGAUCAAGUGUGUACAGGGUGGUGAGGACCUCCAAUUGUCCUUGGGGAGCAGCCCGACAUUGCUCUACGGGCCCAGUUCCCACACCCUCUCUCCCAUCUCCGCGACAUUCUCACACGACCUCUUCCUCACGAAACCAUUCGAAUCGACGAAACGAGCUACACGACUACCACAAACCUCCUCACUAUGGAAGAAGCUGCCCGGCUUCGAGGCUCCCAAGAAGGGCGAGCAGGCCAAGGCCAAGGGUGCACCUUCAACCUCGUCGUCCGGGAUGGACUCAGAUAUAGAGAAUCUGCAGAACUCCAUCGCAGCGGCGACGGCAUCGAAGAAGCAAUCAAAGGUCAUGGAUAGGCCGCUGCCGGGCACCAACAAGAAGCCCACGGCAAAGGGGGCCAAGUCCAAGUUGCUGUCGAGCAUGGCGUCAUACGGCAAUGGUGGCGGCAAGUCAUCGCCCUCAGGGUCACCGGCUCUGGUAGCCGUCAGCUCACCGUCGAUAAAUCCUGUCUACGCUUCUUCGCAACAAAUCGUCGAGAAGUCCAAGGAGCAAAGAUCUAUGAUUGUACAUGAACUAGCGGUGCAGGAGCGGCCGGCCGACUACCUGGAGAGCCUAUGGGAAGGCAAAGACGAAGAUUUCAAGCCUGCCCUGGAGAAGGUGGCCCAGUUCGAGCCGGAUACGCAGAUGUGGGCAUUGAGAAAGAACUACUGGAGAGAGUUGGACGUGUGGAAGUACGAAUAUGAUACCCAAGAUACCCGACAGAAAGCGAUCGACAACGCAAUCCGUCAAUUCGAUAAGAUGCGGCUGGCAACAACGGAAACCGAGUGGCAGAAGCUUUUGCCCCGGGAAGAGCGAGGAAAGGGCAAGAUCCUCAGCAAGUUGCAGGCAAAUAUCGCCAAGGCUUCCGCCGCACCACCUCCCAAGAUCAAAGUCAGCGAUGCGACAAGCGAUAAUGGCGACGAAGACGUUCUCAAGAUGAAAGGCGGCGAGACAAUGUCACGAUCAUCAUCGAAUCCGUUGCCGCCGAAACCGAAGAAGGCUGCCGACUCUCAGGUUAAGCGUCUCUUGUCUACGAACAAGAAGCCCGCGACGCCCAAGGCCGCGCCGACGAAGGCAAAGGAGAAAGCAGCCCCAGCUGGCAAGAACGGCCGGGUUCUCUCUGCAGAGUUUGUGACCAACUCAGACUCGGAUUCAGAGUCUUCAGAGGACAAGCCGAUGGCGAGCAUUGUGGCUUCCAAGCCCAGGCCAGCGCCUGCAGCUGCACCUGCCCCCAAGAGAAGGAUCGAACAUGCACUCCCACCAAAGCCGAAGAUUGCUGUGCCCAAGGCAAAAGCCAGACCAGUUGAGAAGCCUGUAGAGCGGACUGUGGAAAGAUCAAUUGAGAGGCCCAAGGAAAAGUCGCCUCAGCCUCCACGAGAGACUGCCAAGGCGGCCAAACCACAGCCUCCCAAGCGACAGAGGGAAGAGGAGGCAGACGACAGCAGCUCAAGUUCUGGCGCCCCCUUGGCCAAGCGUGCUAAGCCCAAGGCGCCCAUCAAGGCGCCCGUCAGCCUCAAGCAACGGCCCGCAGAACCCUCACAUGCAUCAUCCCGCAACUCAUCUGGCGUCUCUCUCAAGAGCAAAAAUACAUCACCGGCCAAGUCAUCGCCUUUGGCUUCGUCACCGCCAACGAACGCAUCGGAUCUUGAACACUCAGCACCACCCAAGAAGCGCAAGGCUAUGGAAUCUUCCGACUCCAACGAGAGCGCCCGGACCAAGCAAGCCCCUAAGCGUCAGCGCGGGCUCAGCCCCGACCUGGUCAGCAAAGCCGCGCGUUUCAAGGUGUUCUAUGAAAAGUAUGAGGCUCUGCACUGGGAGAUUGCAGACAUGCGCAACCCACCCGAGGACAAGAUGGCGGAUCUCCUCGACAUGCGCCAGCGGCUGAAAACUCUCAAGAUUGAGAUUUACAAGGAAUGCCCGCCUCCAAACAGCGUCCCCAGCAGCGCCCCCAUCGCGGUCGCUUAG